GGAGGGCGGUCACGUGAGGCGGGCGGUCACGUGAGGCGGGCGGCCGUUGCUAUGGCGAGGGCGGUGCUGGUGCCGCUGUGCCUGUGGUGGGCCCUGGGCCGCGCCGCGCCCCCCAAUGUGCUGCUGCUGCUCAUGGACGACAUGGGCUGGGGUGAUUUGGGAGCUUUCGGAGAGCCGUCUAAGGAAACUCCUAACCUAGACCAGAUGGCUUCGGAAGGGAUGCUUUUCCUGGAUUUUUAUACUGCCAACCCCCUGUGUUCGCCGUCAAGGGCAGCGCUGUUGACGGGCCGCCUCCCAGUCAGGAAUGGUUUUUACACCACGAAUGGACAUGCCAGAAACGCGUACACACCACAGGAUAUAGUAGGAGGAAUCCCAGAUUCUGAAUUACUGCUUCCAGAGUUGCUGAAGAAAGCUGGCUACGUCAAUAAGAUCAUUGGCAAAUGGCAUCUGGGCCACAGGCCCCAAUUCCAUCCCCUGAAGCAUGGGUUUGAUGAAUGGUUUGGAUCCCCAAACUGUCAUUUUGGACCUUAUGAUAACAGAGCACUCCCCAAUAUCCCUGUGUAUAGGGACUGGGAAAUGAUUGGCAGAUAUUAUGAAGAUUUCAAAAUUGAUCUGAAGACAGGUGAAGCCAACUUGACUCAGAUCUACCUCCAGGAAGCCCUCGAUUUUAUUAGCCGGCAGCAGGCCAGCCAGCAGCCAUUCUUUUUAUACUGGGCAAUUGAUGCUACCCACGCUCCUGUUUAUGCCUCCAAACAUUUCCUGGGCUCUAGUCAGAGAGGACUAUACGGGGAUGCCGUACGGGAAAUUGAUGAUAGCAUUGGAAAAAUCCUAAAACAUCUUCAAAAGCUUGGUAUCAGUGAGAACACUUUCGUGUUUUUCACCUCUGAUAAUGGGGCCGCACUCAUUUCAGCUCCUAAACAAGGAGGAAGCAACGGUCGUUUUCUCUGUGGCAAACAAACCACCUUUGAAGGUGGCAUGAGAGAGCCAGCUAUUGCUUGGUGGCCUGGACAUAUCCCUGCAGGAGGAGUCAGUCAUCAGCUGGGCAACGUGAUGGAUCUCUUCACUACCAGCCUCUCCCUGGCGGGUCUGCAGCCUCCGAGUGACAGACAGAUUGACGGCAUCGACCUUUUACCUGCCAUCUUGCAGGGCAAGCUAAUUGACAGGCCCAUAUUCUAUUAUCGUGGCAACGAGAUGAUGGCCGUGAGGGUCGGGCUUUACAAGGCUCACUACUGGACCUGGAGCAACUCCUGGGAGGAGUACAGCAAGGGCAUUGAUUUCUGCCCUGGGCAGAACGUCUCCGGAGUGACGACGCACACGCAGGAGGAGCACACCACACUGCCACUGCUCUUCCAUCUGGGGAGGGACCCUGGAGAAAAGUACCCGUUAAGUUUUGCCAGUGACGAAUACCAAGGAGUUAUGGAGCGAAUAUCUGCCGUGGUGCAGCAGCACAAAGAGACCAUGGUGCCUGGAGAGCCACAGCUGAACGUCUGCGACAAGGCCGUCAUGAAUUGGUCUCCCCCAGGCUGUGAGAAACUAGGGAAGUGCCUGACACCACCCGAGUCUGAUCCUAAGAAGUGCUCUUGGCCUCAUUGAUCUUUCCUGCAGCCCUUGGGAGCCACUCAGAAAAGCCAUAACCAGCCGGCUACGGAGUUUACAAUGCAUGUCUUCUCAUGUUGGCACUCCUGUUUACACAGGAAGGGUGUGAUGUAUGUGUGAUAUCAUCAUUUGCUCUUCCAAAAGGGCCAGUGUUUAUAUUGCCAGUGCUCAGGGUUUAGCCUGUACUCCUCUCUUGUUUUAGUUCUUUCCGUAAAUGGUAAAUUUUCAGUGAAGACUACUUCAACUGCAAAAGCUCUCUGGACAAGCACAGCUUUGCCGUUAGCCCAGAAACACCACGGAUGCAGCUUUCCUCCGGCUCCUUCCACCCAGCCUCUCGAAUCAUCACUCAUGCAGAUGCCCCAGCGGUGGCCAUGGGGUGCAGGAAAUUUACAGUAGCCAGAAAACCCUGCCCAAACUCCCCUUGUUUGGUUUGCCUGUCGCUUGUUGUUUUAACAUUUGAUUUCCAUUGUGCACUCUUUGGACACCAACUUGUUUUUCCCCGUUUUUCCUAAACUUGCAAGUACUGGGUGCAGCUUUGCUGCUUGUCGCUGCGUGCCAACAAGUGCUCCCUCCUGUUCUUGGCCAAGGGGUUGGCUCCAGGGAGGACGAACACCCUGCGUUCGUGCCGUCUGUAGCUGCAAACGUUCACUAGCUCAAGUUGUAAAGAAAUUUGAAGAUAGUGUUCACGUAAGUAUUGCCUUGUCCACGGCAUGCAGCAUGUUCCUGGGGAGCUGGGGGUCAGUUGUUCAAUUCAGGGGGUUUCUUCAUUUCCAAAAAUCUAGGUCCAAAUAUGGUUUAAGUCACGCUUCUGGCCUCAUGAUCUGGGCCCAGCCAACUGCAGGCUCAGAAAUGCCCGUUUACAUCAGCUGUUAACUCUUGACCCUGUUUCCAGCGUAUGCUCUCUGAGGAAUUCUCCUUGUGCAAACUUUCCACAGCCUGAGUGUAGCACUUCUCUAAACAGAGUUCACGGUAAAUGCAAAUUCUUCACAUAACUUCACAUUGCAAAUUUCUCCGCGGAUUUUGAGCGGUUUUCACACUCCUCGCUCCUGCUAAUAAACGCCUCUGGAACAGAACCUAGCCAGGUUAUUGUGGGUCUGCAACAAUGGCCAGAAGCAAGCGUGAACGUGCUGUUUGCACCAUUGACAGGUUCGCUUCCAGCCCUCCUGUGUCUGAGACAGGACACAUGCCCUGCCUGCGUGGCAUUUUGCAGCCUUGGGACUAUAAACAGUCCCGCUUCCUUCCCAGGCAAAGCCUGGGGCUGGCGUGAGACGUGCUGAGAGCUUCUCCUUUAACUGCUGUGUUCUGCCUGCUCUGGGCUUCUCCACUUUAUGUUCCUACCUGCCCUGUAAUCCCGAGCGCUCUUUCUCCCCGUUCCCAUGAUUUAUGCUACCUGUAAUCUCCUCGGCAGUAAUUCCUCGUGUACAGCUGAUGAAGCUGGAUAAUCCUGUAAGAUUGUAAUGAGUACAGCCCUUGAGUCAGCUCCUAGCACUCCAUCCAUCAGAAUCACAGCCAACACCACCGGCUGCCAGCCCCUCGGAACCUCACUGCCUGCUCAUCUGCAGACGACAUUUGUUUGCAGUCCAAACGUCUUAGCUGCUCCGUGUUGUUCCCAAUUGUCCCCUCUGGCAUCUCAAGGCAUUUUUCAGUUCACUCAUAAUAUUUCUCCUUGUUUUGGCAUAGCGUGCUUAGCUCAAGUCUUGAGAUUCAGCUCGCCCUGUUCUCCGGUGAUGCUAUUUGAGAAGGGCCUGGGGAGGGCUGGCAGCAGCUGUGUGUGUCUGUCAGCGCCGGGGACCACACAAACCCAACAGCUUUCCAUUUGCUGGGUCUGGUCCUCCUCUGCGUUAGCGCUUGUGUCACAAAGACAUGUUCGGAGCCCUACGGUCCGCUGUUAUCAGCAGAUAAAGAUCCCACCAGAUGAGGGAGUCCGUCACUGCAGCUCCGCUGUCAGCUCUCACACAGCUCCAACCGUGUCUGCUGCAAACCGCACCAGCGCUUUGUCUUUCCGUGUGCCGCUUACUAAGAGAUCACGGCACAGGAUCACAGCUCACCUGAGCACUAGCCCGGACACGCUUCUUGCUCUUAGCAUUUGCAGCAUGCGCCUUGUGAGCGUACCGAGCACCGGUUACCCCCUGUCCCCUGCCUGCCACUUCAUCCCUUUUUUUUCCCAGCUUGCAGUUUUGCAGAUAGGGCUUUCCCCCCCGUCUGCAUGACUUGCUGGGACAAGCCGUCCUGUUCUCAGCGUGCUCGGUGUUUGGUUACCCAGCACCCAAAGUCUGCGUCCCCUGCUGGAGCAGUAGGCGCUCGGUGCACAGGUACAGGGUGCAAACUUUGCACUUCGAAGGCUGGCUGCUACAGCAGAGCUGGUGCUUGUUUACUCAUCUGCUUCCUGUUCAUUUCAAGAUCAAAGCUUCAUAUGAAGAAGCGACUGCUUUAAAUUUAAAUAAGCGUAGUAGUUUUACAGCUGGAUGGCUAGGCAGAAUUUUACGUCGGUUCCUUUCCCAAAGAUGUACAGAUUUUAAAGUUGUGAGAUGAGGAACUGAUGAAGAAAAAUAAACUAAUUUAUCAGCAGCGCAUGGUUUGUCUGCACACACCUGUAAAACAACUGGCUAACACCCUGCCUCAGGAUAGUCUCACGGAUGUGCCUUGCAGGUCAUGGGACUGACUUGGGUUAAAAAUAACUUGUUUUGUUUUCCCUGUAUUAUUUUUACCGUGGAUCAAUUUCGCAGCCCACGCAGCUGCCCGAGCACAAUUGGGAGGCUGGUGUGGGACCGGGGCAACGAGUGGCCUGCGGCUGCCGACAGCAACAGAGCUGCAGGAAUAAACGCCUGGCAGCCUGCAGCUCUGCUGGGGGGCAGCUCAAAGCCCCCCGAGGCACACCUCGGCUCACUAGGCAGCCAGCACGUGUUCCCACAUCUGCCCUUAACAAUCACCCCGAGCCUCUGCUCCGCAGUUGGUCCCGUUUUGGGGGCGUCCCGUGCUGGGGAAGGUGUUGGCAUCCCAGGGCAUGCCUGGGGCUGCGCACACAAUAGCUUUGGGUCUGGCAGGAUUUACUGACUGACAGUGGUGGCUUCCUUUCCCAGGCUGCAAGAUACAAGAGCUGAAGCGAAGAUGAUGUCAGUCUAAAACUGCUUCUUUGUGGCAUUCCUUUCUUUGCAUCUAAAAACGUCUCCGAAAUGCUGAAAGCUUAAUAUCUGCUCGGGCUGGGAGUCCAAGGAAUUCCUCUCCUGCCUUUAAUUUCCAGUUAGCUGAGCGAGUCUCCCUCCUCUGCCCCUGAGGCUGUUAUCAUCCAGCCCUCCAUGCAGAGAAGCUUCAGAAAUUGAUGUAACUAAUAAUCGUGGAAAAAGUCCCGCUGCAUUUACAGUCUAUGGCUGCAAAAAUGGAGCCCUGAUUUAAAAACCUGCAGCGACAAAUGGAUUAUUUCGGUGGCAAAUUAGUCUCUGCGGACCAACAAUUUGGGGAUCUGAACACUGGAAUUGGAAAGCAGCAGAUCAAUUCCAAACACUUAGAGCCAAGGUUAAUGCCCUCCAAACAGCAUUGAGUGCAGCGAUGAAAGAUAACACGCCUUUGCAUUUUAAAUGCGGAGCCGGGGAGCGCGGCAUUAAAAGUGAAAAUGGGGAAGUUCAGAGCAGAACGAGAACGAGAGAUGCCCCGUAGUUGCUAAUAAAACGUUUCGCAGUGUCUGGGGACUGAGUUUUCAGGCAAGUAUUGAGGAUGACAGCGGGCUUUUACUAAAGGAACUGGAACUAAUGGUGCCGAGAAGGAGGCUGUGGAAGCGGGGACGUUGGCUGCCACGCGGAAGCUGGCUGGGCGCUAGCAGCUCUCAGUACCUGCCGAAUCGAGCCGUGCCCAGCCGUGGUGGACGGCUUCCAAAAGCCUCCUGGCUUUGUGCAAAGUGAGGCAGCUGAGACGAAGCUCUCCUGGAGGCUUGGGAGCGCUCCUCCUUCCGCUGAAGCCAUCUUCGCAGUCGUAAUGCGAAAUAAUUCCAGCAGCUGAAGGAAGACCGUUCUAAGGUGAGAAUGGUUUCAGUCGGGGAUUUGGGGGGAAGCCAGCGUUGGGAGGCAGCUCACUGCAGAGCUGCAAGCAGCCUCCAGCACAGCUAGAUGAGAAAUCUCCCCCCAGGGAUCUUGCUGUGGUCCUCAGCACUGGGAAGCUUCACAGACUGCACUUUAAGAGUUCCUCUGAGUGCUUCUUCGGUACCCAAACAACGGUUUUGCAGUUGGAGUGGCUUGUUUUCCGUUUUUCUUAACAGUUUUAGUACUUGGAAAAACUUUUGCUUUUGUUUUCUGAUGCUAUUUGAUGUUUUGCAGUUGUUAUCAGAAAGCGACACAGCGGUGCCUCUUGACUUAAACUGUUAGUAUUAAGGAGCAA